GAAAAAAACUUCAUGUCAAAUCUGUGACACAUGUUAUUUGAAUUGUCAACAUCUAUAAUCUCAAACAGAUAUAAUAAUGGUUAAUUUAGAACUUCCCUAUGUCCAGUAUUUCGCAUCAGAGAUGAAUAAAGUGCAAUCGCAUAUAAAUCAAGCGAACAAAAUCGCUUACGAAACAUUGGAAGAGCUAGAAAAUAGAAGAAAGCAAAUAUUGCAAUAUGAUCCGAAUUAUAAUAAUUCAGAGGAAAAUCUUGAAUAUGACCUUUCAGACUUGGAACUUGAAAUGGAAUACAUUCAAAACAAACACGAUAAAGCACUAUCUGAGCUUGAGAUGGAAAAACAAGCACUCAAGAAGCGAUUGUCACACAUUGAAAAAUUGGACUUGUUAAUUAAUGCACUUACACAUAAAAUAUUUAACAUCGAAUAUCAUUAUCAACAGCAAGUAAAAGAAUUGAGCUCGCAGAGGGAAAAUGUGUUAAAUAGCACGGAAAUAUCACGUGAUGAACGAGAAGCAUUGAUGGAUGAGGUAGAUAAAAAGAUCAAGGACCUCGAGGACGCGCACGCAGAGGAGUUGACUAGUUUAGAAGGACAACGAUCGAGCCUUCAAAAGCAAUGUGCGAUGAAAACACAACAGAUGGACGUAAUAAUGGAUUCUCUUCGAGUGCAACAUCGAGGGGUCUUGCAGGAGCUUGAAGAAUCGAAAAUGACGGCCAGCCCUUCACAACUUAAAGAAGUGGAUAGAAGAAUUGAUCAGUUAAAUAAGAUGUUUGAAAAAGACGUUGAAAUUCUUAAUGAGUUACAGUUGGCAGGUUGGAAAUGUAAAGAGGAGAAAAUGUUUGAGCUUCUAGAAAGCAGAGGCUUAUGUUUCACUCAAUCAAAUAAAUUUCUUACAUCAUCUGGAAGUCAUUUAACACGUUCCGAAGCAACUCGCCUGGGUUUAUUAGAAGGCAUAAACCUUAGCCUGUUAGAUCAAGAAGAGUAUGUCACUGACAUACAGCCGACCACUUCAGAGCUGACAGUUUCAGAAUCUGAAAAAAUGGAUACAGAAGAUGUGGUUUACCUGAAAACGAUAUUUGGCAAACCCUUAACUUUAGCACUGGCUGAGAUUACGGCCCAGCAACCACGUGAUCCCAUACAUUACUUAGGCCACUGGCUUUUCAAAUAUCGUUAUAAUCAAGAAGUUAGCGUUACACGGAAAGACGAACUACAAGAGCUCAUACAAGAACGAGAGAGGCUCGAAAGCGAAAAACUGCGUACUAUUUAUGAAAAUGAGGCACACGAAGCAGUUCUUAAUUUAAUUAUAAGAGCCGAAGAAGGUGCCAUUCUUAGAGAACUGGAACGUAUUGCGAGAGACGCAAUGGUUUCCUCAGAAGACGAAUUAGCGGCAGAGGCCAAAGACGUACUCGGUGUGUACAAUGGGCCAACAACUGGAGAGUAACCUACCUGUAAAGAAAAUAGAUCUUAAGAAAAGCCAAAAAAAAAAGGAUCUAGCAUGCAUACAGCUAUAAGUUUUAUUAUACAAUUUUUAUAUUAUUUUAAAUAUAUCGAAUUCUUUAUAAUUUCAUUCUGGAGAUGAAGCAAAUGUGGGGUUUAUGCAACCCACAAAGUGGCAUAUAUCUUUUUCUCUAUGGGUUCCAACAUUAGUGACGUGUUGCUAAUACAAUGAUUUUAAUUGAAGGUAAAAGAAGCCAGAUUCUCCAACUGCAGUAAACGAACAAGGCACUAUUAUUACACAGUAGUAGGAUUAUGUAGGAAUAAUUCAAAUUAAAUUUCAUUUAAGUAAAUACUUUAAGAAGUACCCUUCUGUUAUGAAGGGCAACAAUCUCAUCACUAAAAUGUUUUCUUACCUUUUUGAAGAGAAUGCAAGUCGUGUCUAGAGUUGACAUUGGAUAAACAUUCAGCAGGCUUUCAUGAGCCAUUCAGUCCAACCUAAAUAUUUAAAAAAUGUUAGAAACUUUAAAAUCUGUACAUGUUGAAAAAAACAGAUUUCCAACCUACACUGCCUACAAUACUGUGAUCAAAAUGUAUUGAAAAUAGUUUAAUAACAUCUAGCGGUACCAUAUGUGAAAUGGAUUCAAAAAAGUGUAAGUAGGUGCCACAAAAA